CCCGUCAUCAACUUGUAAUUUUAUUCAAUACCAAGGAACAGAUGAAAAUUGAAUAAAUGAAUGAAAAUCAUGUGGAAAAAGAGAAUUUGUUUAAAAUUGUUCAAAGGAAAUCGAUGUUUUUGUAAUUCAAUAUAGUUUGGUAAAUUAGAUAUACAAACGAAAUUUAUGUUAUUUAAAAGGAAUUAGAUUCGUAUAAAAAAUGCCCGGAAUUAUGUUCUGCAACGAUGACAACAGCGUUUGGAAUGAUGCAUUGAAAGGGAUGAAAGCUGCACAUGCGGGACUGUUCAUAUCUAUAGAAAAGAGAUUGGUUUUACUUAACAAGGAUCGCGGGAACCGAGUAGCGGUCCUGACGGGCUGUGGUUUCGGACAUGAACCUUUUCCUAUGGGUUUUGUCGGUGAGAAUUUCUUGACUGGUUGCGUUUUGGGUUCAGUAUUCUCCGCGCCAACGGUGCCGCAGAUCUUAAACGCUAUAUUUAACCUGAGCAGAUGGAAUAGUGGAGGUAUUAUGAUCAUUGCAUUGAACUAUGUAACUAUCUCGCUGAACUUUCGACUCGCUGCUAAAAGAGCAAUGGAUGCAGGCAUAAAGGUGAAAAUGGUCGUUAUGACAGACGAUUGUGCUCUUGAACGAAACCAUAUUAAAUACGUUUACGAAAAUAUGAUGGUGAAAAGAGGUCUUUGCGGAGUUAUUAUCUGUGCUAAAAUACUCGGAGGAAUGUCGACGGCAGGAUUCGGCUUGGAUCAGGUCUACCACCACGGGACCAUGAUCAAGUUGCGGACCGCCACCAUCUCCGCCUGCUACAGCUGCUGCCAAAUGCCCAAUUCCUGUCAUCCGGCCCUUCAGAUCAAGAACUACGAGAUCAUCAUUGGAACAGGAGGGCAUGCAGAAGACGGCCUUAAACGUGUAGAGAUGGGACCUUUAAAUUACAUUGUUUCGCUGAUGGUAGAACAAAUUUUCGACGUUUUCUUGAUUUCUCCUGGUGACAAAGUUCUCCUAUUUUUGAACAACUGUGGAGUCUGCACAGAAACAGAAAUGUACAUCUUGGCCAGAGAGGUUGAACUACAGCUUGCUCCGAAAGUGUUAGUGCUUAAGACGAUAGUAGGCAAGUUCUAUACCUCUUUGGACAUGAAAGGGUUCCAGAUCUGCCUCACCAAUGUCACUUGCAACGAGUCAUGGCUUCGAUAUAUGGAAUUCGGAACGGACGCGUUCGCAUGGCCUUCGUUCAAUUUAGCCAAUUUCCCAACACAAAGGGUUGAUCAUGAACCCAUUGGUGUACAACCAUUCAGAUUCUCAAAGCGAGACGGCUGGAAGUUGAAUUAUGCACUAGCCCAUAUUUUUGGUGAUUGUAUUCAAACCUCAUGUAUCGCCCUUAAAAAAAACGAAAAUGAAAUAAAUGCAAUGGACGCUGUGUUUCGUACUGGCGACGUUGGGACAAAACUGAAAUCCUUUGCAGUCAGAGCCUUAAAAGAUAUAAAAGGAGCCUCCUUGUUGAUGGAUAUGUCGAAAACAUUUAUGCUGAUGGCCCAAAUCGCCGAGGAAGAGGUAGACACCAUCUUGGGAGAAGUGUUGGCCGUUCUGUUUACUGGAGCAGCUCAAGGGACCUCCAGCUGGGAAAGUGUUUGGAACCAGGCUUUGGAUACGCUAUCAAUGUAUACAACAGCGCGGAUAGGCCAUCGCACUUUGUUGGACGCACUGGUCCCAGCAUACAGGGCUUACAAGACUGUAGUAUCUGAAAACGGACAACGUUUUUGGGUUAAAGCAUUAAAGAACGCUACUAGUGUUGCUAAAGAAUGGUGUGAAAAAACUAAACACAUGGCACCUAAAACUUGGAUAGUGAAACAUGGUGAACCGGGUUUGGUACCUCCACAUAAUCUUCCUGAUCCUGGUGCUUUCGUGGUCACGCUUUGGUUGGAUGCAGUUACCCACGAAACAACGAAAAAACGGAGAUUCAGCGCAGUUGUUAAAAAGAAUGUUGUUAUAUCACGAAAAAAUAAAUAAAACUGUUAUUUU